ACUUCCCCGUCAGUGCUGCGAGUCCGCGCUGCUUCGGCUUUUCUUUAUAUUUUCAGAUUGGGAGAUUAUUUUUAAAUAUAUUUGGAAUAUACGAAAGGCUUUCCAAUGGAACAAGACGAGCAGGUGAAACGUCUGCGUCCCACCGCGGACUAUGGAGAGAGGUUCAGGCUCGCCCUGACCACUCUCAAGUCCUUUUUGGAACAAAGAUGGCGACGACAAAUGUCAUUUCGAGGCGUAGGACGUAAGGGGUGGAGCCCCCCGCACUGGAGGGUACGGUGCCCAGGUGGAAUUGUAUGCUUCCUGACGAAUCUAAUGCAAAGGAAUUAUGGCUACGAUGCCAUUGAUUCUCGCUGCACUCCUCUCCACUGUGGUUUUGGUGUCUGCGUUUAACGUCCAGAUAAACAUCACAGCUGGACAGAACAUCACUCUGCCAUGUCGAGCUCCAAACGACAACAAAAUCAUCAUAGUUAUGGAGUGGAGCAGACCUGACCUGCAGACGGAAUAUGUCCUUUGUUAUCGCGAUGAGCAGUUUGAUCCAGAUUACCAGCAUCCGUCUUUUAAGAACCGGGUGGAUCUGCAGGACAGACAGAUGAAGGACGGAGACGUGUCUUUGAUUCUGUACAAUGUGACGAUUAAUGAUGCUGGAACAUACGAGUGUCGUGUCAUCCAGAACGAAACCAGCCGCAGGAAGAGAGCUCAUCUGGAUGUUGACCCCAUCAGCAUCAUCUACCUGAGUGUUGUUGAUCCUCCAGGUCAGACAGGAGGAGACACAGAGGAUGGAGGGAAGGAGGAUGGAGGGAAGAAGAGUGGAUCUGUUGGACUGAUAGUUGGUCUGUCAGUUUUCGCUGUGCUUCUUGUUUCUGCUGUUUCUGGAUUUUUGAUCUACAGAAAAUAUAAGAAGCAGGCUCAGGAUUCAUACCAGCCUCCUGUUUGAAAUGUCUCAGAGCUUUUCCAAAUGAGCUCUCAGUCUCCUGGUUUUGCGCCAAUUUCCCAUCGUUGUCACUCAGCACAGGAACAAACAGAUGAUCUGAGGACGUGUUUAUCAUGAAAAGAGCCCAAAAUUUAGUUUUCAGGGUUUUUAUGAAGGGGAAUUAUUUCUGUGAAUGAAAAACUGACUGAAAUCCUGGAUUCUGUUCUUCUCUCACCACCAGCUGACACCUUCUUCUCACCUGCACGUCCUCCAGGAGGACAUGGAGGGUUUGUGGGACUGAUAGUGAGUCUGUCAGUUAUGGUGUGUUUGUUCUUGUACCGAAUGAUUUGAUCUGUAAAAGAAGAAAAGGGAAUGGUGCUGAAUAUGUGAUUUCUGCUUCUCAGAGCUCCUGUUAAAGUCUAAAGACAUUGGGAGGGUUUCAGACUGUUUGGAGCAGGGAAACAGAUACUAAUGGUGCAAUACUGGUGUUGUUGUUGUUGUUGUUGCUUUUUUGAUCUAUAGAAAUUAUAAACAACACAGUCGAGAUUCACAUUGUCCUCCCAGUGAACUGCAGAAUCAAAUGUCUGAGAUCUUUCUACAGCUGAAUUAUGAAUCUGCUGCUGAUCACAGAGACAGAAAUCAUUUAAAAACGCACAGGUGCCACCAACACCCCACAAAGGUCCCGGACUUAACAAACUUAACUUAACUUAAAGGUCCCUGACUUCACUGACACUACAGUCUGGGGAAAAAAAAGCAUUUUUUUCUGCUGCUACAAACAAGCCAAUAGCAUCUAUCAACAUUAAAGCAGCAGCAGCAUUACUGACAUGUCUCAGUGUUCCUGUCAAUUCAGCUUUAAAAUGACCAAAACAACCUCCAGCUUCAGUCGUGUAAGCUUGAAUUUUGCUCUUAUUAUUCUUAUUGUUUGUGUCAGUCGUGACUUCACCUUGAAUGAUUUGGAUGUAUUUUGACUGUAACUUGAUGAUUUUUGUAUAUUUGUGCACUAAUUGAUGCCAUAGGCCAAGUUGUAAUUUGGCAUAGUAGUUAGUGCAGUUAUUGGUGAGUUGCAGUUAUUUGUUUGUGGUCUGUGCAUUUGUUUAAUAGUUAAUCCCAGGCACUGAUUUGUAUAUUGGACAGCUGCAUGUGGAAUAAAAGAAGCAAAUGGUA